AGCAGAGAGGCCACGUGCUCGUGAGCGACGAUCCGGCUGUGUGUGAUGACGACGACAAAGAGGAUUGUUUGCGAAUCGCACACAAGGAAAAAGACUUCAUCUCUCUCCUCUCCUGCACACCUGACACCGUCUCAUACAGAAAUCUGAAUCUUGGGUCUUAUCUUAUCCUGUUUAUUGUUGACGUAUUCAACACCGUCGCAUGUGAGGAUGACAUCGAGGAACUUUUCAGAAAAGUCAUGCAACGCUUUGAAGAUUACUGCCUUGAUAACAAAAGGCAGAUGCCCACCAAAGACAGAUGCACACUUACAAAACGCUUCUACUUUUAUCCAGGUCUCAAUGUUGUUUGAGACAAACUUUGUCCUCACAUUUGAAAUGAUGAUUUUAAUUCUGACCAAGCGAUCAGGGGCCAGACCCUGUGUGUGAAGUGACGGUUGACACUUCUUGUUAUAAACGUGUGUGAAGAUUCUCAGUCGUCAAGGUUAUAUUUUCAGGAGUUGUACACGUUUUAAUCUGAUUCCAUCUACAUUUCCUUCAAUCAAACUCAUUCACCUGAUCCUCUGUGACUAAAAUCACAUUAAUAUAAAAAGUCGUCACUGGCCCACGUCUUUGUCACAGUCUUUUAUUAUUCAAUUAUUUUUAAGUACUAUUUUCAUAACAAAGCUCUUGUAGUUAAAGUGAAUAACAUAACAUGAAUGGUAAUGUUGAGAUUAUGUUAGCAAUUGUGUAACAAGCAGUUAAGGAUAGUGAAGUGAAACUUUUCAUACUUUUGUACUUUUA